AUGGAGAAGGGGCAGAAGGUGGAGGGCGAGAGGGCCGCGGCGGCGGCCGCGGCCACGCAGCGGUGGGUGAUCGGUGUCGGGUUCUGGGUGCAGGGCUUCCGGCUCUUCCCCUGGCUCGGCGUCAACUUCUUCCUCAAGGACGCCAUGGGCGUCCCUUCCUCCUCGCUGCAGAUCCUCCAGGCCUCCGCCACCCUGCCCAUGGUCGCCAAGCCGCUCCUCGGCCUCCUCUCCGACGCCGUCCCCAUCCGCGGCUGCCGCCGCCUGCCAUACGUCGCCAUCGGCGCUCUCUUGCAGGCAGUUUCAUGGUUAGGAAUUGCCCUCUGGCCGUCUCUUUCUCUUCCGGUUCUUACCAUUUUUCUCCUCUUGAGCAACUUUGGUGCAUCCAUAUGUGAGGUUGCCAAUGAUGCCAUUGUAGCGGAGGCCGGGAAGCAAGCAACCUCUUCCUCAGGGGGUCAGCUUCAAUCCUUUGCUUGUAUGUUUGGUGCUUCUGCUGGCGCGUUAGGAAACCUCCUAGGUGGCAUUGCUCUCAGCUACUUUUCCCCCAAACUCAUGUUCCUAUUUUUCGCAAUCGUUCUCGUGCUCCAGUUCUUCACUACUGUGGCUAUAUCUGAGAGCUCCCUCAAACUCCCAAAGGCGACUACUAAUACAUCGGUGAUUUCCAGCAUCCGUAAACAAACCAAAGAGCUGUCCUACGCGCUCUGUAUGCCGGAAAUAUUCUGGUCAAUCAUAUGGUUUUCAGUGUCCUAUGCUGCCAUACCGUUUCUACUCGGGACCAUGUUCUUCUACCAGACUGAAGUGUUAAGACUUGACUCAUCCAUCAUCGGUUUAUCCAAGGUUUUUGGGCAAGUGGCUCUCUUGGCUUGGAGCAUGGCAUACAACAAGUGCUUCAAGACAACGUCUGCACGCAAGAUCUUAUCAGCUCUGCAGUUCAUCACAGCGGUCGUAAUGUUGUCAGACGUGUUAUUUGUCCAGGGAGUAUACAGGAAGGUGGGAAUAUCAGACUCCUUGUACACCAUUGUGUUCUCAGGGCUGCUAGAGGGCCUCAUGUUCUUCAAGGUGCUACCCUUCAGUGUUCUUAUCGCAAGCCUUUGCCCCUCUGGGUGCGAGGGAUCGGUUAUGGCCUUUGUCAUGUCUGCACUUGCCCUGUCUAUUAUCAUCAGCGGAUAUCUUGGGGUUGCGCUUGCUGAAUUCAUGGGAGUAUCUGGAGAUGAUUUCUCUGCACUGCCGGUUUGCUUGUUGAUUGAGGCUGCAUGCACAGUGCUGCCGCUAUUUUGCUCAUCAUGGAUUAAAGAGAGGAAAGGGAAGGAGAAGAAGGAAGAAUAG